AUGAAGGUUUCAGUGGUUGGCACUGCCACGUCCUGUGCCAAUGUUACGGUCAGUCUUACUCUUACCAGUCGUGGGGGUGGCGGUGGUUGUCAACCCCUCCCAUUUCAAUAUCCUUCCGUUUCGUUCCUCCGAACAUCCAAAUCAUCACUUGCCAUAGCGUGUUCUUUCGGUGGGAACGAUGCUCCUUCUCCUUCGUCUCCCGCCAAUCUCCUUCGCCGAAUUCUCGACUCCCCGGGGGUUCACCAAGGACCGGCAUGUUUCGACGCUCUAAGCGCCAAGCUCGUUCAGACCGCCGGCUUCCAAUUCUGCUUCACCAGCGGCUUCUCCAUUUCGGCUUCCAGACUCGCCUUGCCCGACACCGGCCUCAUCUCUUACGGCGAAAUUCUCGAUCAAGGCCACCUCAUCACCCAGGCCGUCUCCAUUCCCGUCAUCGGCGACGCCGACAACGGCUACGGCAACGCCAUGAACCUCAAGAGAACUCUCAAGGGAUAUAUCGCCGCCGGUUUCGCGGGAAUCAUUCUCGAAGAUCAGGUAGCGCCGAAAGCGUGUGGACACACGCGCGGGAGGAGAGUGGUGUCGAGAGAAGAGGCGGUGAUGAAGAUUAAGGCGGCGGUGGAUGCGAGAAGAGAGAGUGGUUCUGAUAUUGUGAUUGUGGCACGAACGGAUGCUCGCCAAGCUGUGUCGUUGGAUGAAGCGCUUGUAAGGUCGAGGGCGUUCGCGGAUGCUGGAGCUGAUGUUCUUUUCAUAGACGCUCUUGCUUCCAGAGAAGAGAUGAAGGCUUUUUGCGAAGUUUCUCCGCUUGUUCCCAAAAUGGCCAAUAUGCUCGAAGGUGGUGGCAAGACGCCGAUACUUAAUCCUAUGGAGCUUGAAGAGAUUGGUUUUAAGAUCGUUGCAUAUCCCCUUUCCUUGAUCGGGGUUUCUAUACGAGCAAUGCAGGAUUCACUUAUAGCCAUUAAAGGAGGUCGUAUUCCUCCUCCAGGAAGCAUGCCUUCUUUUGAAGAAAUUAAGGAUAUCUUAGGGUUCAAUGCUUACUAUGAAGAAGAGAAGCGUUAUGCUACAAGUAACAAUCAGCAGCUUUCUAAAGGAGAAAGCAGUAGCCUAUACAGUAUACGACGCAGAGAUCAAGUUGAUACUGAGCAGACAAGUCAAAGUUUCAAAGAUCCCAUUGUAGAAGUUAUAUCACCUGAUGAUGUGUACAAUAAAUAUGGUGCAGAUAGUUCAAGGAACCCUUUUUCUGGUAUCUGGUCUCGAACUCUCAGAGUCAAAAUAACUGGCAGAGAUGGAUUUGAGAGGCUCGAUCUUAGGAUUCCUGCUGGAUUUCUGGAUGGAAUCACAAACAUAGUUCCUGCUUUGGGUGGCAUAAACAUCAAAGAACUGUUGGAUGAUGCGGCUGAGGAAGUUGGGGGAAAACUCUUGUUAGAUUUUAAAGACAGGAUGGGGGACAGGAUUCAAGUAUUUUUGGAUAGGGAGUUUGAGGCCAUUAAUGAGGUGAAGCAAUUUCCUACAAUAUCAUGUCAUGGACAUUUGGAUGAGAAAGCCUUGUUAUAUUCGUUGAUAAUAAUUUUUCCCAGGGCAUGGAUGGUUCAUAUUGAUGAAGGCAAGUGUGAACAAGGCACGACAGCAUGGUUCUUGAUGGGUGCAAACAUGGUUCUCUACUUGGGUGCACGACAGCAUCGGGAUGGAAGCAGAGAAAGUUCCAUAUCCUAUAAGCUAAAACAAGUCGACUGA